UUUACCCUUUUUACUUUAUUUUUCUAUUGACUGUAGUAUCCAAACCUUCGUUAAGGCUUCAGGUAACCCAUCUCCAGAGGCAUCCUGGGAGCUUCCUCUAAGGGAAAAGCAAGCCCAGGAUGACACUCAAGAUGGAUUCCAGGAAGCUCUAACUUCGAGAAAAAAAGACUCAAGCCAUCUGGCGCUAAUCUCCUCUCAAAAAAGUGGAUUACUACGUACUACUAGAAACCAAUAAUUAUUGCUAUAUGUUGGUACUUUGUUGAGAACAAGAUUGGUGCAUAGCUAUAGUUCCAUUUUGAAGGCAGCGCCUUUAAGACCACAAGAACUUGAUUACCUCGCCCGUACAGUCACAUAUAGGGCAGCUGCUUUUCUGAUUCUUGUCUUGUCGAUAUCAAGAAAGAUCAUGGUGCUCCUGAGCGCUACCUCUAAGGGACGACGAGGAUACACGCUGCAGUCACAACCUCAACCUCGCGAGCAGCAUAUUAAUCCUUCAUAUCUGGAGAGCCCAUCUGAAUCUGAAUCUGAUCUCGAUCUACUGUGUCAGGAACGUCUUCUAGCGGAAACAAAGAAUGGGUGGAGUGGUCUCUAUAGAAGAGGUGAUCACGUUGCCUGGCCUCCUGUACGCGACGUUCGGGUGUCUCCCAUGCGUUAUUCUCUUCGUCGCGAAAGACGAGCUCUGUUCUGCAGUCACAACCGAGACGACUUCUACGACAAGCUACUAUGGACAAGUUGUUCAGGUGACGCAAACUCCGAGAAGUAAGAAUGCAGUUGUAGAUGGAAACGUCAAUGAAGAUUGUCCUCAUCCGUCUGUGUCCGAUGUCGAGCAUCAGUCCGACAUGCGUGGCGCCAUCGUUGCUGUCUUCAUCUUACGAGUUUUAGCUUGUACCGCUUUGCUCUUGCUUCAACGAGCGGUGGCUAUAAAACGAACAGAUGGAUUGAGAAGAGAACAAUACGAACGAGACAAACAUCGAAGUGAGCUGUGGCGAGCUCGACAGCUUCAUGCCAGACUGUCGGCUCAAGGCAGACUAGGAUCAUUACCCGGAAUCGAAGCAGCGGCGAAUAACAACAAGGUUGGCAUAAAAGGACUAUCAGGUGGAUCUGGUGGUUCGUCGCCUCAGGUUGUUGGUGGAGGUGGGACAGCACCUCUUGCAAUAGAGGACAAAGGUGCUGCUGCCGUUUUUGAGGGGGAGCAUCAAGCGAUUUGUGUUGGAGCAGCAGCAGGUCAAUGUGAAACUGAAAAGGAAAACAAUGCAGAAGUUUUCGCCGAAGGCAAACACCAAGCAGCGUCCCCCAGCGGCGACAAACGGGCAGUUGCUCCAACAUCAAUAGGUGGAACUACUGCGCAUGCUGCAGCUGGAACCCAACUUCUUUCUAAAAACAUCCCCAAAAAUCUGAGCAGGACCAAGAUCUCCUUCAAACCAGGAGCUGGCCUCAAGAUCAACACUUCAUCAACAUCUUCUCCAAAGUCUCCCAAGACCACAGGUGCUGCAUCUAUACCUAGCCUAGGACAAGGGUCGCCGACGAAUGUUAAACCUCAGUUUCGUACGAACAGAAGUGGACAGCAGUUUUUUGCAACCGAAGACGACUGGGAAUUGCAUAAAACGGAUGAGGCGACUAAAUCAUCGCAGUUUGAACGAGGGGAGCAAUACGAUUGCGAUUGGGUCUUUCUGUGCUCACUCUUAGUGUGGGUGUGUUUCUUAUGGCUUGAGAAAGUUGCUUUCACUUUCAGUUGCGUAUGAUUUAAUUAUAUAUAGAAUCUCAGCACAGAUAGUCAUACUCAUCGUACGCCAAAAAUGCGAUAGCUAUCGUAUGCAUGUAAAUGUAUCGUUAUGCACUAGUAAUAGUGUGCGGUUUCAAUUCUUAAUCAAAAACGUAUCACAACAAGAUAUGUUUAACUUAUCUUUUCUAAUCCCCGACCUCACCCAGCUUUUCGUGGACAACAAAGAAAACUCUGGUCUACACAACACGUCUGCGAUCUUCGCGUCUCUUGGUAUUGGCAUGGCGCAUUUGAUGCACAUUGCACACGCUUUCAUGGACAAGGCCACUGGGGAGAGUAAGCAGUGUUGCGCCUGCUGCAGUUGCUGCGUGUUGUUUGGGCUAGUUUGCUGCGGAAUCUUUCUUCUGGCCAAUUUGGGCAACGUGGCGGCGAACACAAGUUGGAGUGACGCGCAGUGGGCAGCUUUGUCUUUGCAAGCGGGAACCUUUCUCUGUGUGGGAUUGACGUUUUACAGUCCGGAUCCCAGAGCGGAUGAGAAAUACAAUGAACGGAGAUGAAGAUAGUCAUAAUCUCUUCUCAAACAAGAAUCAUGUUGCUUUUCACGACACAGCUUACUUUCUGGUGCUGUCCGACCAACAUGACGAUGUCUACUCACUCCCUUCCAAUAUUUCCAGACUUCAAGUUCUUUUUGGUAGAAGAUGAAAUCGAAAUUGGUGGGACGAUUUGUAACCCGAAGGGAACAUCAGACACCAGCACUUCCACCUAUACCCACAUAAUAUCUCUUCAUGUUGCUUUUCACGACACAGCUUGCUUUCUGGUGCUGUCCGACCAACACUACGUGGGUGACACUGACGAUGUCUCACUCCCUUACAAUAUUUCCAGACUCAGAUGAUGAACUAUUUCCAGACUCAGAUGAAC